AUGCCGGACGGCUUAAACAAAAUAUUCUUUAUUCUACUGAUAAUUCAACAAUCCGCUAUAUGUAACGGCAAGAGCAACUUUGGCUCGAGCCUCGUCUAUAUGAACGCAUCGUACAAUCCAGACACAUUAAGUCAUUUUAAGUAUAAUCACUACGAUGUAAAGGGUAAAGCAAGGAUAUUUUAUGAGAUACAAUUUAAAGAAACUCUUACGCGUUUAACACUACAUGCCAGCGUCGAUAUGUUGCGUGCUGACAAUUGGAGAUUGAAUCUUGGGGCAGUUAGUCUUGAUAUGUGCCGAUUAUCUGAAUUAUACAAGUCGAAAAAUAGAUUAGUGAAAAUUUUUGUCAAAGAAUUAUUGCGAGUAUCGAAUUACAGGGACUGCCCAACCUUUCCGAACAAGACGAUAAUUGUUAAAAAUUACACUGUUGAUCCAGAUUUAUUUCCAUCCUUUACGCCGUCAACUUAUUGGAUUUGUCAAUUGCAUUUUGCAGUGGGCAAAGUAGACUAUUUUUCCACAUUUCUUAAGGGCAAGUUUUACAACCUAUGAAUUGGAAGCAAUGUUGGCAAAGUUGAUCGCCUUAUGGCAUUCUGAAGUAGCCGAACAGAAUUUUAAAUUUUCAGUCGAAUAUAUGUAUUUGAGUAUUUCUAUAUAUUGUACAAAUAAAAUGGGAAUAUUCUAACUU